AUGGACUACACCUACAAAACCAACCGAUAUCACUUCCCGCUACUUGAUAUUAUCGGCGAGUCUUCGGUUGGUAAGAGUUUCUAUAUCGGGCUUACAUUUAUAGCCAAUGAGAAAGAACUAGCCUACAAACAAGUGCUUCGGUGGCUAAAGGGGCUAUUAAACCAGCAGCAAAUCCCUUACCCGAAGACAAUUAUAACCGACAAAGAGAAGGCCUUACGGAAUGCAGUUUCUAAGGUUUUCCCGGAAACUAAGACACUAAUUUGCUAUUGGCAUAUUAUCAAAAACAUCCAAGGCCGUCUACGCCCCCGAAUUAACAAGGUUAUUGCCGCUGAACAGCCGGCCCGGUCCCGUACAUCUCAGGACCAUAGAGAUGCGGUUAAUCAACAGUGGGACACUAUGAAAAUCCAGCUAGACCAAGUCUUCCUCGCACACACAAAGGAGGACCAUGAACAACGCUGGCAGCGCUUCCGAGACCUUUAUGACACACAUUAUGGAGAUAUCCUACGAUAUAUUCAUGAUGAAUGGAUAAACCAGGUCCCCGAGGCCUUUCUCCGGUUCCACACAAAGGCUUAUUUCCAUUUAAAUGAGCUAUCAAUAUGCCGGGUGGAAGGCGCCCAUUCAGCAUUGAAGCGAGCCCUCCAAGCAUCAAAUGCUGAUCUACUUUUAGUAGCUAAUUCAUUCGCAAUCACUAUUCAACGGCAUGCCCAAGCGAUUAAGAAUAUAAUUCAGCUUCAAAAGACAAGAAAACAAGGCAUCUUUCAUAAAUUCCUCCGACCCGUUGAGCAUCAGAUCUCGGAAAAGGCGAUAUAUAUGGCCGCCACCAUAUAUAAUCGCUUUAUGCCUGAUACAGAUCUCAACAAACCCCGGAUUCGUGAAGAAUGUAGCGGGUUAGCUAUUCACACAACAGGUAUUCCAUGCAUCCACACUAUACUAAGCGCUGAGAGGGGUCCAGGCCUCUCAGUAGCUAAUUUCCAUCCCCACUGGCAUCUUCCAGCAGCUAUUCCAGCAGCUAUUCCGGCAUCGACCUGGAAUCCGCCUAUUCCGGCAUCUCAGGUGCAGAACCCGGCUAAGGCCGUCACCCGAGGCCGCCCUCCGGCCUCAUCCGCGCGGCAGGCCAUUUCCCAGACCAUUUUCCAGACCAUUUCACAGACCAUUUCACAGACCAUUUCCCAGACCAUUUCCCAGACCCAGCGCUCAGCCCAGCGCUCACCAUCUCAAUUUGAGAUCAUCGAACAGCAGAUUAUAGCUGGGAACCAGGCUUUUGAGGCAUCACGGGCGGCCUCACGGGCGGCCUCGCAGGCAUCUCAGGCAUCUCAGGCAUCUCAGGCAUCUCAGGCAUCUCAGGCAUCUCAGGCAUCGGGGGCAUCGGGGGCAUCGGGGGCAUCGGGGGCAGGGUGGGAUACUUCAGAGGAUGAAGGGCCAAGAAGAUCAGGCCGGGCGCCUAGGCCAAAGAGAAGAAGAACGGACGAGACGUCCCAGGGCGAGACGACAGAGACAGACCGAUAA